AUGAGCCAGCGAUCCUCCGUCACCAUCAAGUCCGGUGGCACCCGGAACUUCAGCGCGUCCUCGGCCAGCCUCAUGCCCGGCUGCCGGACCAGCUUCACGUCCUCCUCUGUGUGCCAAACCGGGAAGAGCUUUGGGGGCGGCUUUGGCACCCGGAGCCUCCACGGCCUUGCGGGUAGCAAGAGAAUCUCCACCAGUGGGGGCUACCGCUCCAGCCGGGCCAGCUUCGGGGGUGCUGGCUAUGGGCUGGGUCUGGGGGGCAGAAUGGGGGGCGCCUUUGGUGGCUACGGCAUGGGGAGUGGGGCAGUGUGUGGACCUGGGGGUAUCCAGGAGGUGACCGUCAACCAGAGCCUCCUGACACCCCUCCACCUGGAGAUCGACCCCUCGCUCCAACGGGUGCGGAAGGAGGAGAAGGAGCAGAUCAAGACUCUCAACAACAAGUUCGCCUCCUUCAUCGACAAGGUGCGCUUCCUGGAGCAGCAGAACAAGGUCCUAGAAACAAAAUGGAGCCUCCUGCAGGAGCACAAAACCACCAGGGCCAACUUGGAGCCCAUGUUUGAAGCUUACAUCAGCACCCUGCGGCGGCAGCUGGACUGCCUGGGCGGAGAGCGCUCCAGGCUGGAGACGGAGCUGAAGAACAUGCAGGACGUGGUGGAGGACUUCAAGAACAAGUACGAAGAGGAAAUCAACAGACGCACAGCAGCAGAGAAUGAAUUUGUGAUGCUCAAGAAGGAUGUGGAUGCUGCCUACAUGAAUAAGGUGGAGCUGGAGGCCAAGGUAGACGCCCUGAUGGACGAGAUCAACUUCCUGAGGGCUUUCUUCGAGGCGGAGCUGGCUCAGCUGCAGGCCCAGAUCUCAGAAACCUCCGUGGUCCUGUCCAUGGACAACAAUCGCAAGCUGGACCUGGAUAGUAUCAUCUCUGAGGUGAAGGCCCAGUAUGAGGACAUCGCCAACCGCAGCCGGGCCGAGGCUGAGUCCUGGUACCAGACCAAGUACGAGGAGCUGCAGCGGUCAGCCGGCCAGCAUGGGGACGACCUCCGCACCACGAAGAUGGAGAUUUCUGAGCUGAACCGUAUGAUGCAGCGGCUGCGCUCUGAGAUCGACAACCUGAAGAAACAGUGUUCCACUCUCCAGAGUGCCAUCGCUGACGCCGAGCAGCGUGGGGAGCUGGCCCUCAAGGACGCCAGGAACAAGCUGGCCGAGCUGGAGGAGGCCCUGCAGAAGGCCAAGCAGGACAUGGCACGCCAGCUGCGCGAGUACCAGGAGCUCAUGAACGUCAAGCUGGCCCUGGACAUGGAGAUCGCCACCUACCGCAAGCUGCUGGAGGGCGAGGAGUGCAGACUCACUGGAGAAGGUGUCGGGCCUGUGAACAUCUCCGUGGUCUCCUCCUCCUGCGGCGGCGGCAGCGGCUACAGCGCGGGCGGCGGCCUCUGUGCGGGAGGCGGCAGCUUCGGCGGCGGCUUCAGCAGCGGCUUCGGCGGUGGCCUGUGCGGGGGCGGCGGCUUCAGCGCCAACAGCAGCCGCAGCAUGGGCAGCAGCUCCAGCGUGCGCGUCGUGACCAAGACGUCGUCCACCAAGAAGAGUUACCGGAGCUAA